GAGCCCAGCCGAGAGGCCCGGGAAGCUUUGGCGGCUCUUCUAGCUCCCGGAACCGGAGGCGCGGUGCGAUGGAGGACCUCGAUGGGGAGCCGGCGGUCACUUUGAUCCCAGAGGUGAACUCCACGAAGAAGCAACUGUGUUUUGACUGGGGCCCAGGGGAGAUGCUGACGUGUGAAACCUCCUUCAACAAAAAAGCAAAACCAGAGGCAGAGCCCACCUGCCCCUAUAUCUACAUCCUCCGGAAGGACAUGGACGUGCACUCCCCGAUCCUGAGGAAGCUCUUCAACGAGUCGCACGGCAUCUUUGUGGGCCUGCAGAGGCUGGAAGAAGAACUGAGUGGCAGACCCCGCAAAGCCCAGUUGGUUCGAGUGAGCAAGAACUACCGGUCGGUCAUCAGAGCGUGCAUGGAGGAGAUGCACCAGGCGGCAACUGCUGCGAAAGACCCAGCCAGUAGCAGCCAGUUGAGCAGCCAGGUCUCCAUCCUGUCAGCCGUGGAGCUCAUCUGGAACCUCUGUGAGAUUCUCUUCAUUGAAGUUGCCCCGGCCGGCCCGCUCCUCCUGCACCUCCUUGACUGGGUCCAGCUGCACAUGUGCGAGGUGGACAAUUUGUCAGCAGACGUCCUGGGCAAUGAGAACCCAAGCAAACAUGACAAGUUUUGGAAUCUGGUGACCGUCCUGGUGCUUCAGGGCCGGCUGGACGAGGCCCGGCAGAUGCUCUCCAAGGAGGCUGACGCCAACCCCGGCUCAGCAGCCAUGUGUCGCGUGCUGGGGGACCUGAUGAAGACGAUGCCCAUCCUCAGCCCCGGGAACACGCAGACACUGACAGAGCUGGAGCUGAAGUGGCAGCACUGGCACGAGGAGUGUGAGCGAUACCUGCAGGACGGCACCUUCGCCCCCAGCCCGCACCUGAGUCUGCUCUGUCAGAUCCUGCUGGGGAACGAGGCCGUGAUACUGGAGCAGAAGGAGCUGCUGGGGACCUGGUACCACCUGAUGGUGACACAGCUCCUGUACUCCCACCCCACCGUGAAGCCCACUGAGCUGCACAUCUAUGCCCAGUCUAGCCUGGACCUGUUCCUGGGAGGGGAGAGCAGCCCAGAACCCCUAGACAACAUCUUGAUGGCGGCCUUUGAGUUUGACAUCCACCAAGUGAUCAAGGAGUGCAGCAUCGCCCUGAGCAACUGGUGGUUUGUGGCCCAUCUGACUGACCUGCUGGACCACUGCCAACUGCUCCAGUCCCACAGCCUCUAUUUCGGGUCCAACAUGAGAGAGUUCAUCCUGCUGGAAUACGCCUCGGGGCUGUUCGCGCAUCACAGCCUCUGGCAGCUGGGGGUAGAUUACUUUGACCACUGCCCCGAGUCGGGCCGAGUCUCCUUGGAGCUGCACAUCGAACGUGUCCCGCUCAACACGGAGCAGAAGGCCCUCAAGGUGCUGCGGGUCUGUGAGCAGCGGGGGAUGACUGAGCAAGUGCGCAGCAUCUGCAAGAUCUUGGCUAUGAAUGCCGUCCGCAACAACCGCCUGGGCUCCGCCCUCUCCUGGAGCAUCCGAGCCAAAGACGCCGCCUUCGCCACACUGGUGUCUGACAGGUUCCUCAGGGACUACUGUGAGCGGGGCUGCUUCUCUGACCUGGAUCUCAUCGACAACCUGGGGCCGGCCAUGAUGCUCAGCGACCGACUCACCUUCCUGGGGAAGUACCGAGAGUUCCACCGGCUCUACGGGGAGAAGCGCUUUGUGGCUGGGGCCUCCCUCCUCCUGUCCCUGAUGACCUCCCAGAUCGCCCCCCGGUCUUUCUGGAUGACCCUCCUGACAGAUGCCCUGCCCCUUUUGGAACAGAAGCAGGUGAUCUUCUCGGCAGAGCAGACCUAUGAGCUGAUGAGGUGUCUGGAGGACCUGACCGAAGGCAGACCCACCUGCUCCGAGCCCGAUGGCCUGGGACCCCAGGCUGAUGACGUAGAGACCACUAAAGUGGAGAUGCUGAGACUGGCUCUUGCCCGAAACCUCGCCCGGGCAAUUAUCAAAGAAGGCUCCUUGGAAGGUUCCUGAGGCCGGCAAGAACUGCUCUAGCAGUGUAUAUACAUUUCCAAUAGAAUAAAUAUUCCCUUUUGUAAA